UCAGUAAUAGAAUAAUCAUUAAGUUGUGAAGCUGUGCUUUUGUAAAAAAAAUAACAAUGAUGUGGAAAAUAUUAUUCUUUAUCGUGGUUCCUGUUUCGCUGAUCAAGCCAUUGCCUCAAAGUCCAAUUCAUACAAAUUUGGUAAACCAAACUAAUACCAAUUUAUUGAACAAAAUAGGAAUGAUGGGUGACAAAGUGAUAUUUGAGAUCAACAACAUCAGGAAUAAACUUCUAGCAUUAAUGUUGGAUCGGUCUUCAAAACCGCCAACAAUCAGCGAUCUACAUGCAUGUCCAGUUUGCAAAUGCGGAACUGAAGGUAAGAAGGGAAAAAUAGUGGGAGGCACACAAGUGCAGUAUGCGCAUAAAUAUCCUUGGAUGGCUUCCAUAGCUGCUAUCGGGUAUGAAGCCUAUGGCCGGCUAUGUGGCGCUGCUUUGAUCAAUGAUAGAUACGUUGUGACUGCAGCUCAUUGUAUAAAGCCGAUGCUUUUACCCUUAAUGGAAGUACGGCUCUACGAACACGACCUGGAAAACAACGUGGACAACGUUUAUCGAUUCAAAGUGAGGCAAUUAAUAAUGCACGAAAAUUACGAUAUUAGAAAACACGACAGCGAUAUUGCCCUACUGCGUCUCGACAUUGACGGAGGUGUACCGAUGAGCGAAAACCUUCAUCCCGUUUGUAUGCCGAAAGAAGGACUCACCUACGAACACCGACUAGGCGUGGCCACGGGCUGGGGAAAGCUAAAAAAAGGCGGUAAGAAACCUAUGGUCUUGCGGGAAGUCACCGUUCCGAUAUUGGACCAUGCCAGUUGUGCAGCGACAAGCAGUAUGGUAACCGAAAACAUGUUUUGCGCUGGAUUACCAGAAGGGGGAAAAGACACGUGUCAAGGCGAUAGUGGCGGCCCAUUGACCGUCACGAACGGUUCAGUUCAUCGCCUGGUCGGUGUCACGUCGUGGGGCGAUGGAUGUGCUGUACCAAAAAAACCCGGGUUAUAUGUUAAAGUGAACAAUUACUUAGAUUGGAUCAAAGAAAACACAUUAGACGCUUGUUGGUGUGACGACAUUUAGACGGAAGACAAGUUCGAAUGUUAAAUUGUGAAUUUUACAAUAGCCAUGCUAUCAACGAAAAUCGAUUGCAACGGUUAUGAUAAAUACAUGUGUAUUCAAAUUAUUUGCAUAAUGUUGCAUAUUUGUCGAAUAAACGGUUUUGCAUUA